AUGUCCUCAGAAUCGAUAAUAGGAAUGGUGACAUAUUCGGCUAAAAUUGCCAAGAAAAAGGAAUCUUGUGCUCAUGCUUAUGAUAAAGGGCUCUCUGCAAAUACUUUGCCGGCAACCUUAAGUGUAUCUUCAAAUGAUGUAUUUUCUCCCACAAGUGAUCGACCUACCUUUAAAACCUUCUCGACUCCAAAUAGUAGUUUCAUUAUCAUUCCUGCUUCUGAUAGUGCAGUUCUAGCACCCAGAAUCACAGAUGUUUCUCCAAGCAAAUCAGUUGGUAAUUCUGUUUCUUUGGAUGAGACCGUGCUUCUUUAUGUGGACAAUUCCUAUGCUAUGGAUGUUGCCAAUAUGGAAUUUGACGUCGCAGGAAGUCUUGUAAGAGAGAUAUACGAGGAGAGAUUAAAUCGGUUGAUGAUCUUGUUGAUAUUGAUUGCACUGUCAAGGAUCCCCAAUUUUCAAUAUGAUAAGCAUUCUCAAAUAAUAGAUCUUUCCAAUGGUGAAGUCUGUGAAAUAUGGUCUGACAGUUAUGGAAUGGUCGCCAUUUUCUGCAUCCAAGUUAUUAAAUCUUCAAAUUUUCAGGCAAAGAAAAGGCCUGUGAUGGAUUUCUUGGAAAGAGUUCAGAAGGGCAUAAAUGCCACCAUGCGUGCAAUACUGACUGAUUGGCUAGUUGAGGUUCUCCGAAUGGAAUCUGUAGUACUGAAUUUCUUGAAGUUUGAAAUGACAGUCCUCACAGCUAACUGUUUUCUGAGGCGGUUUGUUCAUGCUCCUCAAGGAGCAAUCCAAAAGAACCAAGCAAACAAGGAAACUGCAACAAGUCAAAUUCUGAAGGAACCAGAGGCUAAGAGCAUGCAGCAGAUCCUGGGGACCACCAUGUCUCCAGAAGAUGAGAUUGUUGAACCUGGAGUCUUCAUUUGGAGAGCAACCCGGCUCCUGCUGGAUUACACAUUUCUGGGUAGUGGUGGUGCACAACUCCAGGUCUUAUCACUGCAGCUGGAGUGCUUGGCCAACUACAUGGUGGAAUUAUCCCUUCUGCUGUAUAUCAUGCUUAAAUAUGCCCCCACUCUAGCAGCUGCAUCUGCUACUUUCUUAGCCAAUUUUAUUCUUUUUCGUUCCAAGAAACCUUGGGCACUGCAUCGCCCCUUUUGUAAGGGUAGUCACCCGAAUUUGUCCGCAAUCAGGGAGAAGUACAGUUAA